UUAGGUCAGGGAUUAGUAAUGAGAUGACGAAUUGCUUCUGAUAACUAACUGAUUGCUCUAUCUUGUUAUUCGUGGCAGAGUAGUCCUUGUUCUGAGAUAACAGGAGUUUAGAACAGAUAGCUGUAUCAGCGCGAGUGUUUUAGUCUGCUACAGCUGGGGUGACUCUGUUUUCUCCAACUUGCUCCUCAUCAGUCAACUAACUGAUUAUUGCGCCUUGCUCUUCUCUACAACCUCUUCAGAGUUGAACUUGGCAUUUGGAUCACCAUCAGACUCUGUUCGGAAGAAAUUGGGCAUCCUCUCAUUUCAUCAACAGAGUUAAUCUGACUGUGUGAUUCACGACUGCUUGCAUUCACGGAGCCUAGUUUGCGGCUUGGUCAGAUAACAAGGAGGAAAGCAAAAUCAGAUUCGAAAGCGCCGCUGCUCAAUAUCGUCUUCCUACCUCAAACCUUCCGAAUAGAUCAAAAGUCUGGAUAUGAAAAUCGAUCUCCGAUAGAAUGGCGCAAGACGUAUCUUCGACUCCGCCUGCCAGCACGAGGUCUUCAGCUGCCGUCCAGAAUCAGCAACAACAGGAGCAGCCCAUCGGCCUGGCCUACGCAGAAAGCGACAUAACACAUAUGGACAUGCAAAACCCUUUUUCAGCAGAUCAGGCUUCGGAGAAAUCAAAGCGGAAACGGUUCUCCAGAAAAUCACUUUUCCCCAAACCAAGCAGUCAGCUCACGGAUGACGAAUGGCGCGCUCGAAGACGGAAACGGUAUCGGAUCAACAAGUGCGUUCCUUUCAUAUUAGUUGCGCUGCUUGGCUAUUGGAUUUAUGUAUAUUCGUAUAUUUUUGCAUAUACGCAUUUGAUCCAGAGGGAUCAUGGGAAGCGCAGAAAGCAAGGCAUCGCCUUCAUGACAAUAUCGCUGUUCUACCUUGCGACCAUUCUUUGCUAUGCUUCAAUAGUCAACGUACUCGGUCCGGGAUACGUGCAAAAAUCCUGGGGCGAGGCAUUUCAGCAUAGCUUGAACAAUGAAAGUGCUCCUCCGGCCAUGCACCCCAACAUCUUUGGUAUCGAGGAUGACGGGCCGCGUGGAGUGCAAAAUCCAGGACAGAAGGACGGAAAACCAAAACCAUGUCUUCCGGACGCAUUCAUAAGUGAACCUGAUGGCUAUCCGCUUUGGUGCUCGCGGUGCCAGCUGAUGAGGCCUGAUCGCGCCCAUCACUCUUCUGAGGUCGACAGAUGUGUCUUGAAGAUGGAUCAUUAUUGUCCAUGGCUUGGUUCGAUCAUCGGAUUGAGGAAUUACAAAACGUUUUAUCUUUUUAUCAUGAAUUCCCUCAUAUUCAAUAUGUUUUCUUUCGUCACGAUCACCGCGUACGCCGUGAUCUACGCGCGAGAGGAUCAUUUGGUUGCGCAGUUCGUGGUAGUCGCCGUACUUUCCGGUAUAUUUGCGGGUCUCCUUGUCGUAUUUUGCGGAGUCCAUUCCUUUUACCUGCUCCGGAAUCAGACCACGAUUGAGUACCUGAGCAGAAAUUACCGGAUACAUUUUAUAAACAUUGGCGGUAUUGAUUCCGAACGGUCUGAAAUUCGUGGAGUGUGCGAGACGGAAAUGGGCGAGCGGUUCUGGAACAUAGGUGUGUGGGGGAAUUGGAAGGCGGUGAUGGGUGGCUAUGUGUGGGAAUGGUUUCUGCCGUGGAACACGACGUCGAAUGACGGCUACUCGUUCCCGUACAGCCCUGCACUAAUGAAUAGCUAUAGUGAGCGGCUACGGAAGCAGAAGGCGGAGGAGGAAGCAGCUAUGAACGACAACCUUACGAGGCGUACUGGAACAUUUGUUAUUAUGCAUAAUUACCGUGUUUGAGGGGGGGAGGGCUGAAUACAGAGUCAAUGAGUGACGGUUCCCUGCAUAUGUCUGUCACCAGCCGUAGUAUUAUAUCCCAUCCCAUCCCAUCAUAGUCCACCAAACUGGACGUGGGCUCAGCAGAUGUCUUCUCUAUCCGGAACCAGCUUUGCCGCAGCGUGGCUGGGACAGGGC